AUGGGCUCCGGGCGCGGAGAAACUCCCUCAACAUCCAUCUCCAUCUUCCCAUUCACUGGAGGGCAAGACAAAAGCGGAGCGGAGUCCUGGCAGCGGCGCUCGGCGGCUCCUCAGCUGCCCGUGGCACGCAUGGCUCGCCGAGGAGGGGCCGCCUCCCGCGCGCCCUCCCUCCCGCCACCCUUCGCCCGCGCUCCCCGGAGCUCCGCUCGCGCUCGCCUGCUCGGCUCCGGCGCUGGCGGCGAGGCCGGGGAGCGCGAGGAGCGGGCGGCCGCGUGUCCUUGGAGCGGUGGCCUUCAGGCGCCCCCGGCAGUCAGUCCCUUAAGCAGAGCGCAUCCCGGCGGCGGCGGCGGCGCCUCCUCCCCACCGCGCGCCCAGCCCCGGGGCCGCUCGGGGACCUGGCCGGCCUCCCGGUCCUCGAUGCUCCUAGCUUUUCAGCUUCUUCUGGGGGCCCUCGGCGUCCCCCCACCACCCCUCCAACCUUCUGAACAAAGUUACUGGAACAACAAACCAGAACAGCGAGGACUGGAAGGAGAGGCGGGCGGAGGCUCAGCAGCAGAGGGUCGAUUGGGGAAGAGAAAGGGGAGGCGAGAAGUCGCUGCCAGGUAUUUACUGCAACGUCCCCCCAAUGGGGGCGGGGGGGGUGCGGUGCGCCAGCUGGACGCCGCGGAUCCCCCAGAGCGAGCUCUUCUGGCUGGAAGGGCGUCCUGGGCAGGGGGGGUCCAGGAGCUUCCGGAGGGAACCCCAGCUUCCCCCGGAGGGCGGGAGGUGAGCUGUUUCUAUAAAUACAUUGAUCCGAGGUGACAAGGUUGGACUUGGCGAUUCUUUAAGUCAGGGCUCCUCGCGGACAGUCAGGUGAUCUGUAUGACUUCUAAAUUUAACGUGACCGGGUCCUGGGGAGAACCUCACAACUUCACUGCGACUGCUGCUGCAACUCUGAAUGUAGGGAGAGACCUUCUAGCAGCUAUGGAGAGAAAUAACGGAUUAAGAAGCACCUGCUUAAUAUUAAACAGAGCCCAUUGUUCUGUGCUUUGAGUUCCAUCAUGCCCCCAAAUGGAUGCGCAGAUAAAUGAACUAUUCAUGCAUUUCUUAGCUGAAGGUGGGGCUUUUUCUUUCUAACAUGUAAUGUAUCAUUGGUAACACCUAGUGAAAUUAAAGAUUUAUAUUGUUCAUCUCAUAACUGCUCUUCAUUAACUGAAAGACAACUUUUACAUAGCAAAAUCCACUGUCUCUUAAUCUCUGACUCUGCCUGUGUGACAGAAUUAAUUGCCAUUGUAAUCAGUGUAGACAGUCAACUUGGAUAAUGCAACAUGAACACGCUUUUGGAAAUAAAAAAAAAGUAUACACACUGAAUUACUCAGUCUUUUCAGUGUUUAAAAACCUACAUUUCACGCUCAUUUUCUAAGUUUGUACCGUGCUAAAGAUGAAAUAAGUUUGCCUUCUGUUUCGCUAUCAUUUUUAGAUGAUAUUACAAGCCUUUGUAUAACAAUGUCCUAGCAAAGAAAACAUGGCUAUGUCCAUUUAAAGAAGUUGCCCUCCAUUUCCUUUCAAUACAUUCUAAUAAAUCAAUUCUUACAGUGUUUUUAUAAUGGUCAGUGAAAUUAUCUGUGUAAAGUGCUUAGCAGAAUGCCUUACUACCUAGUACACAAUCAUUGCCUCUUAAACUGAAAAUAGUAAGGUAAUAGAAAUUCACCAUGAACACUCAUUUGAAAACCAUGGUAAGGAAAGAUACUGACAAUUUAAUUCAUCUUUUUAUAUGAAUCAUUACAAAAGAUAUUUGUUAUACCUAAAGAAUGAAGCCCUUUCUUAAAGCAGGAGAAAACUAAUGUUAUUUUCGGCAAUGAAGUUUUGAGUUUGACAGAUUUUUCUUCUACAAUAUAGAAAUUAAAAUUGCAUGUCAGUUCAACAGAAGUUGAAAUAGCUGACUGAUAAGUUAUUUUUACAUGCUUGUUACUUACUUGCAAAAUAUAUUUGUGAAUUUACUUUAAAGACUAAAUGAAGAAUAAAUCAAAAGAAAGAUACACUACUUUAUCUAAAUGUA